AUGAAUCACAAUCAUUCCGGACCACCACUUAUGGUGAAUCGAGGAUUUUUCGAAGAGCGACGAAAUGUACUUCGAUUGUGUCAAAUUAUUGUUGGGAUCUUCUGUGCUCUCUCGAAUGCCUACUGUUUCCCGAACGAUCUUUUCCACGAAUGCACCAGCUAUUUUCAUUCGUUUUCUCAAAUCUUUUCGAUCGUUUGCGUGAACGUUUUCUUUUGUGUGCUCACGGUGGUGAUGGUUAUUUUCGACUUUUUCGGCGUUACACAAGCGUAUUAUAAGUAUAACUUUCAUCUGAUGGAGCGUCUUUUCUCUACUCUAGCCACUCUUUGCUAUGGCUUAUCGCUGAUUUUUCUCAUCGUUGCUCUAUUCCAAUCAACUUUUGUGGCUCAAUGGUUGUUUACAACGAGCGGAACUUUAUUGAACACAUUUCUCUACGCAUGGGAUGCAAGUGAGCGCUUUAGAAACGAUCCAACACGAGGAUAU